AUGAGCAUCUUUUGUGGCGACGUCGAUCAUAUGUACGAGUUUCCUGCUCAUUACAAAGUCAUGAUGGACAAACUGAAUGAACAGCGACAAUUGGACCAGUUCACAGACAUCACUUUGAUUGUAGAUGGGCACCAAUUCCGAGCACACAAGGCAGUGUUGGCAGCAUGCAGUCAGUUUUUUCACAAGUUCUUCCAAGAUUUUACUCAAGAACCCCUGGUGGAAAUUGAAGGAGUAAGUAACAUGGCAUUCCGCCAACUGAUGGAGUUCACAUACACAGCCACGUUAGCUGUUGCAGGAAAGGAAGAAGCCUUCGACAUCUGGAAGGCUGCCGAAUACCUCCAGAUGCAGGAAGCCAUCAAGGCACUCACCAACAAGAUAACUGAUUCUUCAUCGGUGACGCCAAAGAACAACAGUAUAAAGAGGAAGAUUGCCGAGACAUCUUGCGUCAUCACAGAAGCCCUACCUAUGGUGGAGGGGGAGCAGGUGGAGAUAGAGAUGAUAGCAGAUGGUGCAAUUGAGGUAGAGGAGUCUGGGCUGGAGGAAGUAGUGGACGCGGCAAAGAAUGCCCAAUCAAAUGAUUCCGCUUUGGCUCUCCUUGCUGACAUCACCAGCAAGUAUCAGCAGGAGGAACCCUCCAUACAGGUCAUUAAGAAGGGAGAUAUAGAAGAGGAAGUUUUGUAUCAGGAAGAAACGGUGACUGCCUCUAAGGUGCUGGAGAAUGCAGACCUGCCGCAAGUCCAGUUUUCCCAAUUGGACAAUGCUUUUCGUUGUAGCAAGUGUGACCGAACCUUCAAGUUGUACUACCACCUUAAGCAGCACCUGAAAACGCACCUGAAUCUGCUGAAGAAGCAGCACGUGUGCAGCCACUGUGGCAAAGCUUACACGCGGGAGGGUGCCUUGAAUCAGCAUUUGAAUGCUUUCCAUUUUGAUGCGGAGGAGCAGGCCCAAAACCAGAAAGCCCCAAAGAGAGUUCACAUUUGCGAAUACUGCAAAAAGCACUUCGACCACUUUGGACAUUUUAAGGAACACCUUCGAAAGCAUACUGGUGAAAAACCAUACGAGUGCCCAGACUGUCAUGAACGAUUUGCGAGGAACAGCACACUCAAGUGCCAUAUGGCGGCCUGUCAAAAUGGCGCCGGAGCCAAGAAAGGACGCAAGAAACUCUAUGAAUGCCAGGUAUGUAGCAGUGUGUUCAACAGCUGGGACCAAUUCAAAGACCAUCUUGUGAGCCACACUGGACACAAACCCAACCAUUGCACGAUGUGUGACUUGUGGUUCACUGCCCCCCAAGAGCUAAAGGCCCACCUUAAAGACGUUCACUCCAUUGAGGAAGAAAAAUCAAGCGAAGAACAGGUCAUCACUGACACCGCAGCCACAGCAGCUCUCACCAUCACCACGCAGAACAUUGAGACCACAGAGACGGUGCUGUUGGACGACGGCAUCCAGGUUGAGCACGUAACGGUAAACCCCAUUGAGGUGAUAGAGAUGGAGGAGACGACUACAGUCGUGGUGGAGGACGGUGGUGUUGCAGAGAUGUGCGAGGAGGAUGUGGAGAGACUGAAACAAGCCGGCAUACAGAUCCAAAUGGUCCGCGUGUCCUCCAAGGAGCUGAAUGAGCAGGAGGUGGCGCAGGCUCAGGUGGAAGUGGAGUUGGACUCUGAGAUGAUGAACGUGGAGGAAACAAUACAAACAGUGGUUGUAUGA